AAGGUUGCUACCGAUGUUAAGGAGAAGGCCAAGGACGUGAACAAGCGGGCAACACGGAGCCAACAGUAGAGGAUAGGCUAGAUGUGUUGGGUGGUAAUGGGGCAAUGACGGCUGUAGGAGGAGAAUAAAAGGAGCAGUCGAGAGAUCACAAUGGGAUCAGAGCUCAGGUUAUUGGGCUCCAGAUUAUUAUUUUUCUAUCGUUAUCUAUGCACAUUUUCGACAGGCGGGAGUCCCUUGGCGCAUAUGUAUUCUACGUUAGGCAGCCCAAAAUACGAUGGCAUCAACAAGGAUAGCUAUGUGAUGGCUCUUGUCAGCACGAGACCCGGGAUUCUGCGACGUGUCCAAUGCCCCAGAUCCCCGCCGUCCGGCCGAGGUGGAGCUUUCGGCUCCAGUCUCCCCACAAACUGCUGUGGGCUUCCCCAAUUGAACAAGCGAAUUGGGGAUUUGCCAUUGGCUGCGGCACACAACGGCUUAGGUUUGGGCGGCUGGCGUCCAAUGUUCCCCGCUCCCCUCCCCUCACCAACAAGCCGAGCGACAGACAACGGCACUUGCAGUACUUUGACCUUGGCCGCCCCACGACUUAAAAGGGCAGCCCGACCCUGCGACAUCGCUCGCAGGCCGGAUAAAGGAGGGGGACACAGAGACGGCCACCUUACUGGACACCACUUAUACAUGCCCGCUGCACUGCCAACACGUUCGGCGGUUAAUAAUAGAAGCCGCCUGCCGCAAGCCGUUCGUUGGCUGACUGCCCUGUCGGGUGUCCUUGCUUGACCGCCUUCGCCUCCCUCCGCCUCUGUCGCCGUCCUCGAGACCACUUGCACCAUGCAUCGUCUUGCCAGACGGACCCUCUCAUCAGUCUCUGCCAACAGCGCCCGCCGCCUCUCGUCGUUGUCGUCUUCUCGCCUUUCGCUCCCCUGCUCUCCCCUGCUCGCCUCGAGGGCGGCAGCAAUGGCUUCUCCGGACAAGUCGGUGGCGGCCACGGCUGCGAGGAGGAUACACGCCACAGCACAGCACCUAUACC